ACUAUUUAUAUAUAACUGCUUAUCUUUCAUUUUUAUUCCAACGAUAUCUCAUCAGUUCAUAUAUAUAUCUUUCUCUCUUCCACUUCUCCUCUCAAUUUUGUUGAUGGGGUUAUGGGCAAGGACAUAGAUCGAGUUUGGCAGCCAUAGCGUAAGAGUUUCACUAAUUGUGGUGGGUUUCUUUUGGUCACCGAACACAGGCAUGGCGGAUCAUUUCCAGGCUGAUUCAAAAGUCCAACUGCUAAGUGAACGUCAAGAAAAAGCAAAAAAAAGAGGGAGAUUGUACUGUAGACAUAAAAGAAGAAAACCAAAACCAAGAGGCUGAGAAGUACAUAUCCAGAGUGAACAGCGCACUGACUAAAACCAACCCGGAUGCUUAUAAACCAAAGCUGAUAUCCAUCGGCCCUUACCAUAGGGAAGUUACUGGCUUGGAGAUGAGUGUGAAGCAAAAAUUUAAGGAAUCUCUUUUUGGAAAGAUUAAUAAAUUUGAGGAACAUAGUACCCAGAAAUUGAAGAAGUUAUUGGACAAGGCACGGUCAUGUUACACUGAUGACACCCAAAAGAUGAAUGAUGACGACUUCGUGGAGAUGUUGCUGCUCGAUGGUUGCUUCAUUCUUGAGUUCUUGGAGAAGUACUCGGAAAAAGAAGUGACAGAGGAGUUCAUGAAAGUUAAAGGAAACCUAGUUCAAACCUUGAUAGACAUGACAUUAUUGGAGAACCAGAUCCCAUUCUUCGUCCUCUUUGAACUCUUCAAACUGAAGCGUAAUAAUGAAAAUAAGGAUGAUGUUUUGCUGCAAGAUCUGAUCGUGUUGGUGAAGAGAUGCAUAGGGACUCAAGUCCCCAAGUUAACUCCUAGGAACAUAGAGGACCAUGACUAUAAACCUGAUACUUUACCUAAGCAUCUGGUUGAAGUGGUUCAUAACCUCUGCAUUCCCAGGAAUCCCAAAUGCGGCAGGCAUAGCUGUCGCAAUGAUUCCUGGGGAAUAACAGAGCAAAUCAACACCGCGACAGAGCUUGAAGCGGACGGGGUGGAGUUCAAGAAGGUCGGCAAAGUAUACGAGAGAUACUUUGGGGAGAAAGAGGGGGCUAAACAUUUCAACUCCAAAGACAACACGACAAUGUUCGACCUAGAAUUCAUCAACGGGACAUUGAAAAUCCCGAGCUUCAAAAUCGACGAUGGAACCGAGACAUUGUUAAGGAACAUGAUAGCCUACGAGCAGCACUCCACGGAGGCGUCCGUGUGGUUCUCGGAUUUCGCGAGCUUCAUGGACCAGCUCAUCGAAGACACCAAGGAUGUGAACUUGCUUCGCAGGAGAGGAAUCAUCGUCAAUUGUAUGGCUCAAGACAAAAUGGUCGCUGAGAUGUUCGAAAACCUGUGCCAAGAUGUCAUAAACUAUAACACCUUCUCCGGGGUGAUCAGAAAGGUUAAUCUGCAUGUCGACAAGGCGUGGAACGUUUGGUUUGGAAAACUUAGACAUGAUUUAUCCUACAGCCCUUGGAAACUCAUUUCGGCUGUUGCGGGUGGCCUGGUUGUCACAGUUACUACUACUGCUGCUUUGAGAAAUAUACUUCGUUAGGGGGGCCCGGGAACACUCCCGGUUGUCACCAUUAAUUAUGUGUUAACGAUAUUUAUUUAAUUUGCAACUAUACUUUGUAAAUUAGAUUGUUCAAUAAUAAAAUCUUUCUCAGAAUUAUUGUUCUUA